AAAACCUGAAUACAAUUUUUUUUUCAGAGGAAGUGGGUUUAGAGAAGCGAACUUAUUGCGAUGCUUUGAUGUUCGGGCAACUUUUCGGUGUUUUCGGGGUAAUAAACCGUCUUAUGUCACGGAGGAAUAAAUAAUAUCGCAGUGGAAAACAGGUUUAGUGGAAAACACCGCAGUCUGCUUCUUUCGCCGUGAACAACAACAACAAGAGAAGAGGGAAACAUGUCGGUGGAGCCGAUUCACAUAAAGCUGGAAACAGCCGGAGAGCCUCCUAGCUCGUUCCCGGUGGUUCUGAAGAAAAUAAUGGAAAUGCCCCCACCGAAUAUAUUGGACGGGGACGACGACACGGAUAAGGAGAAGUUGGGUCUGGAAAGCAGCGCCGACCUGGCCAGAGGGGAAAGCGACAUGGGGCCUUCGGCCGCGCUGACCCCCGCUAUCUGGGAUAAAACCAUUCCCUACGACGGCGAGAGCUUCCACCUGGAGUACAUGGACCUGGAGGAAUUCCUCAUGGAGAACGGCAUCCCGACGUCGCCCGACAGCACCACUUUAAAGGGAGAACCAGAAGUGAGCGUGGCUGGAACUGAGAAAGUAAAGAGCAAGCCCGUCACCCUGCUGCCCAUUACGGAGCUGGACAGGUGCGAGGAGGAAGUGGUGAUCAUCACAAAGAGUGAUUCGGACAUUACCUGCGACGUCAGCACAGAGGUGACCACCACGGAGGAAAGGGCGACUCCGGAGCCCAUCGACCCAGAAGAAAUCGAAGUGGACGUCAACUACGAGCCGGACCCCACAGACCUGGUGCUGUCCAGCGUUCCCGGAGGGGAACUGUUCAACCCGCGCAAACACAAGUUCAGUGAAGAGGAACUCAAGCCGCAGCCCAUGAUCAAAAAGGCCAAGAAGGUGUUUGUCCCUGAAGAGCAGAAGGACGAUAAGUACUGGCAGAGGAGGAAGAAGAACAACAUGGCCGCCAAACGUUCGCGAGACGCCCGCAGACUGAAGGAGAACCAGAUCACGGUCCGAGCGGCGUUCCUGGAGCGCGAGAACACGGCGCUGCGGCAGGAGGUGGCCGAGCUGCGGAAGGAGUGCGGCCGAUACAAGAACGUCGUGGGUCGCUACGAAUCCAAAUAUGGAGCAAUUGCGCCGCCAGAUGAUGAGUAGACAUCAGUUGAUUUAUUCAUUUAUUUUCUCUGAUGAAUAAAUAAAUCAAACCGUUGCCGGGGGUACGCAAGAACCGAUCUGAUGACGUCAAGGCGGAGUGGAAGAGCUUGUGAAGGCAGGAUGUGACAUUGCCAUGGAGAUGUAAAAUAUUAAGAUAUCAUCUGUUGUUUUUUUUAUUUUUUAUUAUUCUUUGUAUUACUGCCUUUCUGAAUGAGGUGAAUGUAAGUGGAUAUUCAAGUGCUUCUUCAGCACACCUUGUUCGUUUGGUGCACUUUCCGUUUUGUACACCUGUAGCCUGAAAGAGAUCACAUCCAUGAGUUGUUUUAGAAGAAAUCCCAAGUUUUUAAGUCCUGUCCGGUGAUGUUUAGGCAGUCAAUGCCGUGGUUUUAGAUUAGUUCAGGUAAUUGGGUUUGCAGUUUUAUUUUUCAUACGUCUCUCAUACCAAAUUGUUUUGAAGAGCUGGGCCUGUCUUUGCCCACUAGAACGUCUGACUGUGACCCUUCCAGAGACUUGAGCUUCUUCAGGGGAUUUCAGUGACACGGCAAAAAGAAAACCUAGCCAUGCUCACUUCUUUUUAUGUUUUCAUUACCACUCCGGAGGCGAACUGCUUUCUAAAACCCUGCUUUGAUGUCUGUCGUCUGUCCGUCUAGCACUUUCUCACCAGACUGGACUCCUGCUUUCAUCCCUACUGGAUGUCUGCUGCUUCAACUUAUCCAUUUUAGCCAGCUUCAGAUGUUGUGUUGACUCUGUAAGCGUAGCUGGCAGGUUUAACUCUCCCGCAGUCUCUGCUGGACUUAGCUUAGGAAGAGUGCAGCAGAUGUCACGGUCAGACGGAGGGGGUUUGUUCCAUCAGUUCCCAAAACCACGAGCAAAGCAAACAAACAAAAAGAAAAUCAGAUAGAAUUGCAUGUGGGGACAGUGCAACUGCAACUCCACCGGGACCGUACAAAGCUCACGAGAGGUCCAUUCAAUGGCUCUUAGGACUGCGGGAGGGCUGGGAAAAAAUAUAAAGCCCUUUUAGGGAAAAACAAAUAUAUGUAUCAUGUUGCAGAUGUUUUAAUGUUCAUAUUUACAGUUGUUUCAUGCAAGUUAGAGAAAAUAACCUCUAGCACAUAGCAGCAUAAGUUCAUCUAUUAAGCUAGCUAUUUCAAAACGUAUUUUUACUGCAGCACGUAAGCUAAAUAGUCCGUUCUGUAUCGCUGGUGUUCUGUGAUACAUACUGUGAUGGGGCCUCUUUUCCACACAUAAGGAAUCUCUAAAUCUAAAGUGUCUCUUUCGCCUAAAGCCAUUUCAAUGCAGGCUGCAGUCUCCCAGUUUACAGUCCCAGUUCUGACCUACCCUCAGGUUAUCUAACUUUCCAGCUCUGACAAUAAAAGGGAAAGGAGCUUUUCUUAUUUAGCUCUUGUGCUUCCAUUCUUUACUGUUUUGAUCAGAUAAGUUCAAUACUAUGUCCUUUUAAUUUGAAGAGGGGUUUGAAAUGUGAGGAGUAUAAUCCCUUUAAAAAAUAUAUAACAGCAUUUGUACGUUUAUGAUGUACAAGUGAUUACUGAGAAAAUAUUUUAGAUUUAUUCAACUAAAAGUUUCAUUAUUUUCAGAUGCAUAAUGAAUUAUAUUUUCCAAAUCAGGUUUUUUGUGGAUAAAAAAAAAAGUGUUUGGCUUUUUUUUUUUUUUUAUUGCCUUGUGCAAUAAUGGAGGCCGAAUCUGCCUUUUCUUUAAAACAGGUCAAAUUCUUAACUUACUGGUUUCCCUUUUUUUAAAAACAUAUGGCAUUUUGAGUGACGCUGUCUUGUAUAUAUUGUACGAAAAAUUAAAGCCUUGUUGACACAG